AUGACAACAAAAGAUUUCGAAAGAAUCGAUAGUUUAUUGAAGCUUUGUGAAGAACAUCAGAAGAAUCUACGUGCAUCACUCCAGAAGACAACUCAACGGGUUAUGGAAGUAAAGACACAAAUGAAUAUUCGUUGUACUCAAAUAUGGGGGAAGUUGGAGCACAUCAGAGAGAGAUUUGAUAAGAUUCAUCGUUCUAAUCAAUCAUUUUUGGAUAAAAUCAAAGAAAAGUUGGAUGAAAUCAACGCACAAGAAAUGGAAGCAAAUCGAGAAAAUGAUGAAUUCCGUCGAAAAGCGGUGUUCAUUCGGAGGCAAAGAAGGAAACAUGGAUUGAUUCGAAGUAUUGGAAGUAGUAUUUAUAACUAUGGAAUCUCGAUUUUAACGUUUAUUGGAUGGUAUAAACCAGUGAAAAAGGCUCCGAAAGAAACGAAAAAGCAGCAAGGGUUACCUCAUUUCAUCUUGUUCAUUGAAAUGAACUUUGUGCUAAAAACUUCAUUGAUUAUUGCACUUUUUUAUGUCAUUGAUAGCGUCACAACUCUUGAAUCCUUUCCUGGAAAAUUCACAAAAGUCUCCGUAUCCGACGACUGUGAAACGAAUCCAGAAUCUGAAAAGAUUUUUGGUCAGCGAGUGAAUUUUUAUGAGGAUGACACGGGAAAUGUAUUCUGUUUCCGUAAAAAAGAAGGAGGCAUUCGAAUGAGUUCCACGUCACGAUCAUUCGAAGAUCCAAGAUUUAUGUGUUCAAAAGGGCCAAUGUCAUGGUAUAGAGGUCGGAGAAAUAUGGAUUUCAAAGAUCGUCCUUGCCUUUUUUGGUCUAAUUUCCCUAACUCAACAUUCGAUAUUUCUGAUAGCUCCAGUUCCUCUUACAGUAUGAAACGAAUAUUGCCAGAUGAAUAUGAGAAUUUCUGUAGAAAUCCUGAUAAGAACCCGCUGGGACCGUGGUGCCACGUGGCAGGUGGCCUGAAGGUUCCAUGCUUUGAACCAUGUAGACCUUCAACUGAAUCAUCCUCUGAAUUUGUGUGUCUGAAUAGAGAUGGAUUCCCGUAUACUGAAUACGAAAUGUCGGAUGUUUUGGAUCUUCCUCAAUUGAUUGGAGUAUUUGAAAACGUUCAACUGAUGUAUGAAUCGAGAUUUGUGUUACCAGUUGAAGUGGAUAGACUCUCUACUAAAAGUUGUAUAAAUAAAGGAAACAUCGCAACUCGGUUCGGGCCAUGGAUAGCAGUUCUGAAUGAAAUUGCGAAGGAUUUUCUGAAAACUAUUGGACGGAGAGUUCUUCGUGACCUAUGUGCACCGAUCAACUCGGUUGAACUUUCAACUCGUUAUCAAGGAAUUCUCUAUGAUGCAAUAAUUGAAGAUGAGUUUACCGUAUCCGGUUGUUUAUUCUGGAGACGUUGUUUCUCUUCAUGUCAAGAUGAUAUUUCAACUUGCUGGCUGAAAAAUCAAACUAGUUAUUUCGGAUCGAAAACCACAUCUACUAGUGGAAAAGGAUGUUUGCCCUGGACUCAAGUCUCGUCUGAAAUUUUGAAAAUGACGAAAGGAAACGUGACGUCAUCGGAUAACUACCGCUUGUACAAUGACCUCCUUUUCGAAGAUUCGAAUAGAUUUUUCGUAGAAUCAAGACUUUUCAUGAAUACUGAAAAUUCGUGUAUGCUUCUUAACAGAAGAAAUUCCACGGAAAUGGAUAAAUCUUACAUAGAAAAUCCGUACUUUUCGAAAGAAAAAUGGAAUGAUGAAUUCAAGAAAAUGUUCCAGCAAGGACCUGGCUGUUUUGUAAAACAGAACAAGACAAUUGAAUUCGAGUUGUGUUACUCUGAUUGCGAGAAGCAUCCUAAAGUUCAACUGACGAAACCAUUGUGUCUCGAAAAAAAUAAAUACUCGAUUUGCAAACCGCAAAGAGGAGAGGACUGGUUGAAACGGGGAAGAAAAGUGGAGUGA